AUUAUAUAUAAAGCAACUCUUUCGGCCACGAUACGUGCACACACUCAGUUUUUACUUGCUGAGUGUCAUUCGAGUGUUUUUAGAUUCCAAAUCGUAAGUUAGUGCAGACACAAUCUCAGUACUUGAAACCCAGGAGAAAUGAAGAAGUUGGUAGUGAAAUUGGAUCUACAUGAUGACAGAGGCAGGAGCAAGGCCAUGCAAGUAGUUUCUGGAUUUGGAGGGAUUGGGUCUCUGAAUAUGGACACGAAGGACAACAAACUAACAGUAUCCGGCGAUUUCGACCCGAUCAAGGUGGUAAACAAACUGAGGAAAUCUUGGCACACAGAUAUUGUGAGUGUUGGACCAGCCAAGGAAGACGAUGGCAAGAAGAACGAAGAUCAAGUCAUAAAAGCCAAUCAAGGAUACUAUCCUACACCACACACAUAUUACUACAUGCCCUACUACGAAGAAACCCAAAGUUGUGUCAUAUGUUGAAAUUCUCUGUGCUUCCAGACCAAAUCAGGACUUGGCUUGUGCACUGCGGAGGAUUGAAUCAGUAAGGUUGAUUAUGCCUUAUAAACACAAGAACGAGUGUGUACCUUUUCUAGAAUAUCACGUUUUUGUUGCGUCGUUCAGUACUUGUAUGUGCGUAGGGUGUAUAUGUAGAGAGAUUGGUUUUCAGUUGACGAACUCAAGGCAUGGAAGAUCCAUUUUGUACUCCAUUUCAACCAACGAUUGUUUUCAAUGACUGGAAUAUGCGGUGGAUGUUUCAAAUUAAACAAUUUGCAAGCACCAACAGAUAUCGUUCAUUUCAA